UACUAUUCUCGUACUACGACUAAAAAUGUCUCAAAGUGAAGAAUCAGUGUUAAUAUCCUACACAAAAAACCACCAAUGGAUCCUACUCAACAUGUGCCUCAACCAUCCAACAUACUACAACUUCACCGACACCGACGCACACCAAAACACCAUGCUGCAUAUUUUAGCACGUGAACCAUUAUCAGAUAUAACAUCCAACUUGAUAUCUCGCCUAGUAAAAGUCAUAGACAUCAACACAAGAAACAACGAAGGUAAAACCCCACUACACCUAUCAGUAAUCCACAAAAACCUCGAAACAACUCAAGAAUUAAUCAAACAUGGCGCCGAAGUUAACCUCCUUAACAAAUAUGGCCACUCUGCAUUAUACUACGCCACUUUAUCAGGAAAUAUCAAAAUGGUACAACUGUUAUACAAUCACCAGUGCAAUUUAAGUUAUAAAGAUAAAAUCGGCGAGAAUGUCAUGCAUCAUGCCGCGCGGAAUGGCCACAAAGGUUUGGUUAUGUUUUUCAUACAAAAAGGAGUGGAUAUCAACGAGAGGAAUAUUUGGAGGUUAAGUCCACUUGAAACAGCUAUCAUUUCAGGGAAUACAGAUAUUGCUUUAGUGUUAAUUGCAUCAGGAGCUAAGAAUUUUGAUAAAAAUGACAGUAAAUAUGAAGGUUAUGUUUGUGUGCUAUUCAAAAGCAUACAGAUGGGUGACAUUAAAGUAACAAAAGCUUUAAUCGAUGAUUUAAGUAUUAAUAUGGUGGAUAAUGAACAAAGAACAGCUUUACACUGGGCUGUAGAAGGUAAUCAUCCAAAAAUUGUUAAAUUAAUAAUAAAGAAACACGUAGAUAUAAACAAACAAGAUGUUGAUGGUUAUACAGCGUUACAUCUGGCUAUUCAAAAUGGAUAUUUAGAGAUUUUGGAUAUUCUCAUUGAAAAUGCUCAAGUAAAAUCAAAAAAUCCGCAGGAAACUCAAGAUUUACCUAAAGAGCAACAAAUUAUUGAUCUGGAUAAAUUAGAUUAUUAUAAACAAACUAAUUUUGGUGAUAAUAUCCUGCAUAUUCUAGCUGCAGCUAAUCUGGAUGCACAAAUCAAGAUGGAUGUGUUUUAUACACUGUUGAAACUUAACCUUAAAAAAUUGGCGGUGAAAGCUAAUAGGGAUUUUCGUACACCGUUGCAUUUUGCAUAUCAGAAGUUUUGUCGGCCUUUGGCGACGGCCCUGGUUAAUUUGGGAGCUGAUAUUGAAGAAAUUGAUCGAUUUGGGAAGAAACCUAGGGAUUAUUGUACUUUACCAGAUGGUGGAAGGAUCAGAAUCAUUAAAAAGGAGAGUUUUACACGGAGAAAUGUACAAAAUGCGGUUAUGUAACAUUAUAACCUU